CACUGCCAUAUGUAAAAUUAAUGGGUGAGGCUGCAUGCAAACAAGACUGGGCAUGUAAUCAAAAAGUCCAGAGCUGAACUAGUAUUUAGCUGCAGGUCUAUACAUGACAUCCACCACCACCACCACCACCACCACCACAGGUGUAUAACUUUCUCUGUGAAGCUGUACUCAGAGUUUUAAUUAGCCCUUUUCUUUCAGGCUACUGCCCCUUUAACUUGUGAGCCGAUUUCCAGAAAGCAGCAACCUGUCUGUAACCGGCUCAGCGAUCCUCCCCCUGAUGGAUUAUUUAACAGGCGCUCAGUCCCAUGUCGCCAUCUGCUACAGGGAAGAAAAACACCGAGGAAUAUUCUCUGAGGCACAUGAUCCACUAACACGUUAGCAGCAGACAGGGUAAAUAAAGGCAUUAAAGAAAACUAGUUCACUGGAGCACAGAAAGAAAACUAUAGUGCAACAGGUGUGCAGCAUCCAGCGGAUCACUGCGUCGGGCAAAACAUAGAAAGCAGGUUAGUUUGUCGCUCAGAUAGAAUGAUGGAGUUUUAUUACAACAUGUAAUAAAAGGUAUCAGAUAUCGGAUGUUGUUUUUGACCUCCGGGAGGAUGUUGGAGCGAGUUUUCCCUCUAAAGUAGGAGAUGAUCUGAAGCUUUGUGAAUACAAUGCUGACCCCAUUAGCGCGGUGAGGUGAUCGGAGAGGACGCAACAGCAGCAGCAGCUCUUCUGGAGCAUCAGUGAUGGUGGUGGUGGAGAUGAUGGAGAUGGACCGGGCGCUGCUCGCCUCCAGGCAGGGCGACGUGCACACUCUCAAAGUGCAGUUAGCGCAAAAGGCGCUCACCUGCGACGUGAAGGAUGCGCUGGGUGCUUCACCUGUCCACCAUGCAGCCCGGGCCGGGAAACUGAGCUGCGUGCGUUUCCUGGUGGAGGAGGCCGGGCUGCAGGGGAACUGCCUGGCGAACAACGGAGCCAGCCCGGCUCAUGAUGCAGCAGCCACCGGCAACCUGGCCUGCCUCCAGUGGCUGCUCACCCAGGGUGGAUGUCGGCCAGAGGACAAGGACAGUUCUGGCGCCACCGUUCUCCACCUCGCGUCCCGCUUCAGUCACCACGAGAUCACCGACUGGCUGCUGAAGAGUGGCGAGGUGGACCCCGGGGCCUCCACCGACACGGGCGCCGUACCUGUUCACUAUGCCGCUGCCAAGGGAGACCUGCCCUCUCUCCGACUGCUACUGGGGCACAGCCCAAACGUUGUCAACUCCCAAACUAAGAAUGGUGCCACACCGAUCUACCUGGCCUGCCAGGAGGGUCAUCUGGAGUCGUCCAAUACCUGGUCAAGGAGUUGCGGGGCGGAUCCGAGCAUCAGAGCCAAUGGACGGGAUGACUCCUCUGCAGUGCUGCUGCCCAAAUGGGGCCACAACACUGUCAUCGUCUGGCUGAUGAGUUUCACAGAGAUCAGCCUGACGGGCCGGGACAGUGACGGGGCCACGGCCAUGCACUUUGCAGCCAGUCGUGGCCACUCAAAGGUGCUCAGCUGGCUGCUGCUGCACGGCGGAGAGAUCGUCACCGACAACUGGGGAGGAACCCCGCUUCACGACGCUGCAGAGAACGGCGAACUGGAGUGCUGUCAGAUCCUGGUGGUCAACGGGGUGGACCUGGGCAUCAGGGACCAGGACGGCUUCACAUCAGCGGACCUGGCUGAAUACAACGGCCACUCCCAGUGUGCCAAGUAUCUGCACACCGUGGAGAACAUGAGUGUGGAGCACCGCGUUUUGUCUCGGGACCCCUCGAUGGACCUGGAGUACAAGCAGCCGGACUCGGGCCUCUCGUCCCCAAACACCACCAUGCCCCCCGUCAGCCAGGCGGCACACUUUGAUAUCAGUUCACCAUCCAGCUCCCUGUCCAACUACGACUCAGCCAACUCCAGCCAGUCCAGCACCGGGGAGAAAAGAAGCAGCUUAACAACGUCGCGAGGACCGCCCGCUCAGCUGAACACGGUCGCACACACAGGUGCAUCAGAGACGGCCAUUUCAGACAUGCAGGCGUAUAUGGACAUGCUAAAUCCAGACAUUGGCUCCGACAUGCCCAAGAAGAAUCAGGCACCUGCUGAUGCCACCUCCAAGCCCCCCCCACCACCACCACAACCACCACCACCACCACCACCACCACCACCACCACCAGCCUAUCCACCCCCGCCCCCGGGCUACCCAGCACCAGAGGCCCCUCAGGAGCCAACGUCGGCCGAGUUCCUGAAGGUGAAAAGCAACUUGCGACACGUGGAGAGCACCACCAGCAAGACGGAGCUGACUCCUGGAGAAAACCACGACAAACUGCGGCGGGUGGAUUCAAACAGGAGGUCAAGGAGCUUCAGCAAGCAGCCCAGCACUGGGGACUACUACAAGGCCCUGGGCAGCGACGCAGCCGAGCCCCAAGGGAGCAAAAGCAUGCCGCCCAACGAGGAGGGCUCUGCGUUAUUGGAGGAGCCGACCGACAACCCCGCCCACAGCUCAGAGAACGGCACCACAGAGGAGACGGCCACGCCUCCACUUCCUCCACCUCCGCCUCCUCUUCCCCCGAGCAACCCGACGCCAACACCCCCUCCGCCACCUCCAUUGCCCCCGGAGACGCCAACCACCUACAAUCACUCCGCCAGCUGCACCUCCACCAACCAGCGACGCCUAUCUUCCUCAUCAGGAAGCACAAAAUCUUUCAACAUGAUGUCCCCCACUGGUGACAACUCGGAGCUGCUGGCAGAGAUCAAAGCAGGGAAGAGCCUCAAGCCAACACCUCACAGUAAAGGCUACACCACCGUCUAUUCCAGCAGCGGACCCACAGGCAACGACGAAACCGCUGCAUCUCCGCCAGAGACCCGCACAUCUAGCCCACCAGCCAAGCCGUCAUCUUCUCCACCGUCCCAUACGCCUGUCACCUCCCCGCCUACCACCCCUAGUCCCAGCCCCAGUCCCACUGGCUCCGGAUCUGCCAGGACCAUGUCGACCUCUGCGAGCUACGAGCAACUGUCCUCCAAUGCUGUGAUCAACGGGAACAGCGGCGGCACAGCAGGAGCAGAGUCGGGAAGGAAGAUGAGCCUUGCCGAUGUGGAGGCGCUAGUGCCCACUCAUGACGAACAGGGGAAAGCGAUCCCUGAAUGGAAGAGGCAGGUGAUGGUGCGAAAGCUUCAGGUCAAGAUGCAAGAGGAGGAGGAGCACAAACGCAAGGUUGACGAGGAGACUGCACGCCUGGCAUCGAUGCCGGCCUGGAGGAGAGACAUGAUGAAGAAGAAAUUGGACGAAGAGAGGGAACAAAAACGAAAAGUGGAGCAGCAGGCCAAGCAGGUGAAGGAGAAGGAGGAGAAGACGGAGCAGGAGCGACUACGGAACCUGGGCUACGACGACACCAAGCUGGCCCCCUGGCAGCGACAGAUCAUUCUGAAGAAAGGGGAUAUAGCCAAACAGUGAACCGGGCCGUCUCCCCCUCCUCUCCUCUCCUCUCCCUCACCCUCACCCUCACACACACCCCAAGGCCUUCACUGAACACCUCCCCAUCCCUGACCUCCUCCACCCUGCACUGCACACUGGACCGCAGCAGGGAAGAGCUCCUCUGAACCCUGUCUCACUCUUCUGUCUCACUCUUCCACCUCCACAAACACAGGACCAUGCUGUGGGUUGCUGCUGUCCACACCGGCUCUGUGAGGCUCAGCUUGGGUGGCGAAAGUCUCAUGGACACAAACUCUUGGCAUUUUAGUGCUAACAAUAGCUGUGACAUGCACUGAUUCUCCUCGCUUAAGACAUUUGCUAUAAAUGCAUGUGUCCUUAUUAACUAAAUUAAGAUUAUCUCUAGUAUCCUUGCUUUCAAAUCAAUAGAAGCUAUUUCACAUAGAAGAUUUACUGAAACAAAGAGGUUUGUGAUAGAUGGAAAGGGGCUACUCUGCCAUUCAUUGCAUGUAAUGAAUGAAGAAGCAGCUCCAUAACAGUUGUGUCAUCUGGAGAUGGCAUACUCAGCAAAAGGCUUAUUAAACCCUGAAGCAGCUAAUGCAUUCUGUACGUAGACAAUAUCUUUAUCAUGUUAUACACUUAGUCAUGAGAUUUUUUGUAUCACGCUCAUAGAAGCACUUUCUAAUCGGCUUCAUUUUACUGCCACAGUUGUAAUCCUAACACGGCUCAAACUAACCUGUUUCUUUAGAUCAGCUUGUUCUCUGUGGAUUUGGAAUACUGAUAUAUAUCAUAUUUUAAAAUAAUGUAAAGAUUACGUAGCUGUGCAAAUUGAAUUUUACUAAUUAUCACCGGAGGGAAAAAAAAGCUGCAAUGUUCCAAUUUUUCUAUAUGUGACCUAAAUGUUAAAGCUAUAUUGUGAUCAUGAAUGUGAACCGUUGCGUGCAUGUGUUGCAUAAUGUGUAUCGAGCAUGUUGUGAUGUAUUAUUAAGCACAUUUGACCCCCCAGGACCCUGAAAAACAAAGACACACAAUGUGAGUACGAUCCUGCUAGGUUUCUAUUUGAACACCUUUUUUAAAAAAAACAAAAA